AUGGGUAUCGAAAGUGAAAAUCCAGAGCCAGACUGCCAGAAACAGUUCCAGGCCGCAGUAAGCGUCAUUCAGAACCUGCCUAAGAACGGCUCUUACCGCCCCUCCUAUAAAGAGAUGCUGCGAUUCUACAGCUACUACAAGCAGGCUACCAUGGGGCCCUGCCUGGUCCCCCAGCCUGGGUUCUGGGACCCUAUUGGACGUUAUAAAUGGGAUGCCUGGAACAGCCUGGGCAAGAUGAGCAGGGAGCAGGCCAUGUCUGCCUACAUCACUGAGAUGAAGCUGGUGGCCCAGAGGGUGAUCGACACAGUGCCCCUGGGCGAAGUGGCAGAGGACAUGUUUGGUUACUUCGAGCCCCUGUACCAGGUGAUCCCUGACAUGCCGAGGCCCCCGGAGACCUUCCUGAAAAGGGUCACAGGUUGGAAAGAGCAGGUGCUGAAUGGAGAUGCUGAGCCUGCCCCAGAGCCUCCCUGCCUUCCCAAGGAACCCGCACCCCCAAGCCCAGAGUCCCAGCCACCCAGGGACCAGGACUCUGAGGUUUUCUGUGAUUCCAUGGAGCAGCUGGAGCCUGAGCUGGUUGGGGCAGAGCAGAGGGGCGCCCUGAGAGGAGAGCUCAACACCAGAAACAGCACCGAGUCUCCUGCAGAGAAAGGGAGAUUGGAAAGCACCCUGCUGGGGCCCCAAGAAUUGGACACAUGGCUGGUGGGGACGGUUCGGGCGCUGCAGGAGAGCAUGCGGGACGUCCAGGGGAGACUGCAGAGCCUGGAGAGCAUGCCCGUCCCCCGCAAGCAGGUGAGCCCCGUCCGAAGGCCCAGGGCAAGGCCAAGGCCCAGCACCGGGCUCUCUGCUCCCACGCUGCUCUUCUUCCUCCUGUGGCCCUUCAUCGUCCAGNNNCUCUUCCGACAGUUUCGGACCCAGAAGAGGUGA